AUGAACUCUCUCGUAAUAGAAAAACCACUCUCAUCAUCUGUCAAUGAAUCAUUGAAAUUACCUCACAUAUGCAGUCAAUGUACUCGAACAUUCAAAGACAUCAACAAUUUUCGCGAACAUCUCUUCCAAGAACAUGGCGAGCUAGGUGUCAAUGUUCGACAAUGUCAUCUGUGUUCGUACGCAACAUUAUUAAAGUCCAAAUAUGAUUGUCAUAUUAGAUGUCAUUUAAAUAAUCGCGUUAUCCGUUGUCAAAAAUGUAAUUACUCAACCAUUAACAUAAGACAUAUGUCGAAACAUGAACGGCAGCAUAGUAUAUCUCGUUUGAUGCUGUCAGAAACAAAACGGCCUCGGCUGGACACAACACUAAUAAAAAUAGACAAAGAUGACGAUGAUAAAUUAAACAAUCCUAAAUCAACGUUUUCGACAUGCUUUCUAACUGAUAAAAUUCUCAUGCCUGAUGAAAAAAAAUCCCUCGUUAAAACGCAAAUUUCCCGUCCGCAUAGUAGCUGCUCAAUAGAUAACUCCGAACGUUCGCCAUGUUUACAUCAAACUAGUCUCACAACACUACGCAGUAAUGUUUGGACAUUACUUCGCACGUUAUUUCCUCAACUGUCACUCUAUUACCCACCGACACUGCUAAUUGAUAAUGAUGCAGAUCAGUCGAUCGAUCGGUUGGUUACAAAUCUUAUACAAAUUCCCACACUUCAAAGAACUUAUCCAUCAAUUUAA